CUCCACGAUCUGCGGACUCAAAAUGCUGCUCAUGAAGCUACUAUAAAGCAACUAGAUGAAAGCCUAUGUGAUAUUAAGAGACUUCUAUCAACCAGAGGUGGUGAGCGCAGGGUCGAACCAAAUGAACUCCCGAUUGUGAUGAGUGGAUCACA